AAAGGUUUUUCUUCCUGUAUAAAUAGCAUAGAUUAAAUGAGUUAAAGUAACAUUUCAAUGAUAUCGGUAUUACUUCUACAAGAUGAUUUACCUGGCGUUAAAAUGGAUCUUUUGGAUCUCCUAUACAGUAAUGUCUGACACUAUCCCAUCCUCACCUCCGAGACUAUAUUCAUAUUUGGGCAUGACAAUAAAUUCCUACACUGACAAUUUUGUCAGGCAUGUCUAUGAGGGCGGUUUAAUGAAAUUCCGGUGUUAUGUUAACCUCUUGGCAGAACCUCCGAUCACAUGGACAUGGUAUUGUGGGGAAGAACAGAUGACCAAUGUAACAUUUUCAGGCUCAUAUACUUACAUGAAUUUUACGGCGACCAGGAAUCAUGACGGAAAAUCUUGCUAUUGCAGAGCGAAAUCACACUCAACUGUUUUAUUUUAUGACUACCCAUCUAGUUCUCGUUAUGUGGUGCGUGUUUAUUAUUCACUUCGGACACGACCAAGGAUCUAUCCUGUGUCACCUACAACUGUAGGGAGCGGUGAGUACAUUACCAUCAAGUGUAAUCUCACAACACUUGGAUAUCCACCAAUAUCAUGGAGAUGGAUUUGUGACGAUCUACCUCCCCUGAAUGGAGUGGACUUAGGAACGGAGACUUACUUAGAAAUCAAAGUAACUGCUCGACACAAUGGGAUGGCUUGCAGAUGUAGAGGAAUAUCCUCCUCUAUCUAUGUCUACGACAAACUUUCAGAUCCAGUGACAAUCACCGUUUACUCUAAAUCCCAGAAAAAAUCCCAAGAAAUAACAGCUGCAGCAGGAUUUGUUGAAGACCCUCAAUGUAUACCAGCUACAGCUUUUGGAACAACUACCGGGUUACUUUCGGCCAUUAUCAUUGCUCUGAGCUCCGUCCUCCUCAUACAGUGUAUUAGAAGAAGAAAAGGAAACGUUUGCUCUUGUGGACAUAUUGAAAAAAACGAAGAGGAAAGAGCAAGUAGCAAUAAAGAUCUCCAGAACCCUAUUUAUACUAAUGAAGAAUCCUACGAAAUACUUCAGGUAAACAAAGACAGUUUACAUAUAUAAAUCAAUGGUUAGACAAAUCGCAAAGCGGCACUUCAAAAUGAUUGGAAUUGGAUUUAUGGUACUGAACACCAAGUCUAUUUGUUAUACCAAUACAUCCUAAAAGACAAUGAUUUUAUCCUGUUUAUGUAAUCUGCUUUAUCUUGCUUUUCAUUUUCAUUGCUCUCAAAUAUUAUCAGGUUUAUAUAGUUCAAAAUGGACAAAAGAGGAUUUUUCAAAAUUCAAAACAUGUACAGGCUAACUCAACAUUAAGCUUCUCUAUAGUAUGAAACUUCAGUUAUAGUUUAACU